AUGGCCAUGGCAGUUGCUUCUCUUGGCGUCCCUCUCCGUCCCCUCUCCCUCUCUUCUCCAUCCUCAGCUCUGUUCCAGUCACGCCACUCCUUCGCCAAGUGUCUCGCAUCAAAACAAAACGCACCACUGCAACUCCAACAAGUGAAAUCCAGAGACAAAAAACAAAUCACUUUACACUCCUUCUCUCCACUCCCAUUGCUCUGCGCCGCCGCUCUUUUACCCGGAGGUGAAGCCGUGAGUUCCGUUUUUGGGCCUUUCGUUGAGCUUGUGAAGUCGUGGAAUCUUCCAGACUGGCUCGUCCAUUGGGGUCACCCUGCCAACAUGGCUGUUGUGCUGUUUGCCAUGGGUGGCUAUGGCACCUAUCUCGGUUUUCGGAUUCGUUAUUCUGAUAAUGUGGAGGAAAAGGCUAAGGCUAAGGAUUUACACCCGAAGCUUUUAGCUGGUAUGUUUUUCUUCUUUGCUCUUGGAGCUACUGGGGGAAUAACAGCUCUACUCACUUCUGAUAAACCCAUUUUUGAGAGUCCUCAUGCUGUCACAGGCGUGAUUGGCCUCGCUUUAUUGACAAUACAAACUAUAUUGCCCUCACUCUUUGAGGGAAAUCCUGGACUAAGGAAUGUUCAUGGUAUCUUGGGUAGUGGUAUCAUGACACUUUUUCUAGUUCAUUUUGCUCUUGGACUUCAGUUAGGCUUUAGUUUCUAA